ACCCACUGGGACGGAGCUGGCCGACACUUUCCCACAAGAGACCAGAGACUUGCCAAGAGUCUUCGAGAGACCAACGUCCGUCGCUGUCUGCCCGUCCGUGAAUGGUGGCGGUCCGGUGGGUCUGAUGCAAUCUUCCUCUCCGUCAGCAGCGUCCAUCUCUCUCUGAGCCUGGUUGGACGUUUUCCCUCCCGGCGGAGAUUUGAAAGCGGAAAGGAAGCGGGAUUUGAAGUGCCAUUUCAUAUCGUUUUGUGGGGUACCCGGAUCCGUGUUUAGGUGCCCCAUCAAUUUUGUUUGUUUAGGGUUUUUGAAACUGAGAGGGUCGUGAUCAAUGCAAAACUUGUGAUUUUUAGUGAAAACUUGUAGUUGAGCGUUCUGCAGAGCGAUCCGUCAUACUUACUCAGGUCGCACUUCGGUUUUGGAAAGGCUACUAGUCAAAUUGGAUUUGUGGCCUUCAAUUUGGUUGGAUAUAUCUCGAUUGAGAUUCAUCAGUCGAAAUGAGACGGCGAUCGUCCACCUCCAGGCAUCAGGAGGAGAUGGAGAAGGCCAAUGGUAAGCCUCCGCCUAUGCGGUUGUGUUUAUUGGCAACUCUAUCUGCCAUGUUCUGGAUCAUGAUCUUUUACUUUCACUUUGCCGUUCUCAGCGGCAAACCUGAUGCCGAUCAAUCUGUUCUUUACUCCUCUUCUUCCAACCACCACCCGGAAGCAUAUGAAAUGCUCAAACUGGACAAGAUGGAUCAAGGUCUCAAGGGAUUUCCUUUCACACGAGCCCUUCGGACAAUAGAGAACAAGAGUGAUCCGUGCGGUGGGAGGUACAUCUACGUCCAUGAUCUUCCUUCGAGGUUCAAUACCGACAUGCUCACCGAUUGUAGAAAGUUGAGCCUUUGGACCAAUAUGUGCAAGUUCACAAGUAAUGUCGGUAUGGGACCUCCACUAGAGGAUGCUGAUGGAGUUUUCUUGAAUACAGGAUGGUAUGCUACUAAUCAAUUUGCAGUCGAUGUGAUCUUCAACAACCGAAUGAAACAGUAUGAUUGCUUGACAAAAGAUUCAUCCAUUGCCGCUGCUGUUUUUGUGCCUUUCUAUGCUGGGUUCGACAUAGCUCGAUAUCUUUGGGGAUACAAUAUAUCAGUCAGGGAUGCUGCAUCACUUGAAUUGGUUGAUUGGCUCAUGAAGAGGCCUGAGUGGAGUGUGAUGGGGGGUAGAGACCAUUUCUUGGUGGCUGGGAGGAUCACUUGGGAUUUUAGAAGAUUGACUGAUAAUGAAACCAAUUGGGGGAACAAACUUUUGUUCUUGCCAGCCACAAGAAACAUGUCGAUGCUAGUAGUGGAGGCAAGCCCAUGGAAUGCUAAUGAUUUUGGGAUACCAUAUCCUACUUACUUUCACCCGGCGAAGGAUGCUGAUGUUUUCAUUUGGCAGGACAGGAUGAGGAAAUUGAAGCGGAAGUAUCUCUUUUCAUUUGCCGGUGCACCGCGUCCCGACAAUCCAGAGUCAAUUAGAGGCCAGAUCGUAGACCAGUGCAGAAAUUCCAAGAUCUGUAAAUUGUUGGAGUGUGACCUUGGAGAGAGCAAGUGUCACUCUCCAAGCAGCAUAAUGAAGAUGUUCCAGAGUUCUUUGUUUUGCUUACAACCUCAGGGAGAUUCUUAUACAAGGAGAUCGGCUUUCGACUCAAUGUUAGCUGGCUGCAUACCUGUUUUCUUCCAUCCUGGAUCUGCAUAUAUACAAUAUAUAUGGCAUCUCCCAAGAAACUACUCAACUUAUUCUGUAUUUAUCCCCGAGGACGACAUUAGAAAGAGGAAUGUCAGCAUUGAAGAGAGGUUAAAGCAAAUCUCCCCGGACAUCAUCAAACAAAUGCGAGAAACAGUUAUAGGUCUUAUUCCGAAGUUGAUUUACGCCGACCCUAGAUCUAAAAUGGAGACUCUAAAGGAUGCCUUUGAUGUGUCUGUACAAGCAGUCAUUGACAGAGUUACAAAACUGAGAAAGGACUUGAUUGAAGGCCGAGAAGAUAAGGAGUUCAUCGAAGAGAACAGCUGGAAGUAUGCUUUGUUAGAGGGUGGGCAGAGAACAGUUGGGGCACAUGAAUGGGAUCCUUUCUUUUCUAAGCUGAAGGACACUAAUGGAGAUUCUGCUUCUUCAUCUGCUGAAGCUGCCAAGAAUUCCUGGAAGAAUGAACAAAGAAGUCAGGCUUGACUUGAGAAUACCUCGCCAAUGAGCAUUGUGUGAGAAACUCAAAAGGGAGCAAUCGAUGUAGAUCUUUCCUGUUUGUAUAUCGACUCCUCGAUGCCGGCCAGGACGACCGGGUGUGUUAGUUUUACUGACAAAGCUUAGAGCACCUACAUUAGUUCUUGUUCAGAUUGUUUUAUUGAACACAAGCAUGUUCUUUAGGAGAGUUGUUAGAUUGGCCUUUGUGAUGGUGGUUGGUGACUAUAAAACGGUACGACAAUGCGAUCUCUCCGAGGAGAGUCGAUAUGUUUGAGAAGACAUGAACCACCAUACUCUUUUUUCCCCUUCGAUACUAAAGCAUCAAUGUCUUGCCUUCAAC